CGACAAGACCAACUGCUGAUAGCGGAGACUGACAGUCCACUACUAGACCGAGAAGGAACGACAAAUGCUUCCAAUGUGGGAACGGAUAAUCAAGAACACCUAAGACGACCAAGGAAUGUUAAACAUUAUGAAAUAGAAGGGAAUGAUGACUACGAAAUCAAAGAAUAUUACGAGGUGUAUAAUACCAACGUAACCCGAAAAGUAGAAAGACCACCCAAGAGGAGAAUAGAAUACUCAAACGAUAGUGAACAAAGAGCCAGAAAAAAACCAGACAGGGUACCACCAACAGAAAAGCUAUAUUUACGAUACGCAGGAGAAGCUAUAGAAGUGCUGAUUUUCCACCAUGGUACGGAGUCCCUCUUGGAACCCGAGAGUGAUCAGGAAAGCGUAGAGACUGACUUAUUUGACGAAUUCGAAUACGAGGAAGAAAAAAUAGAUGAAAGAGAUGGUUACUAUACUGGCGACGUGCUUUUGGACAAAGAACUAUACAAGAACCCUUGGGAAGAAAUGGAAAGUCCGGCAAUAUACCUUACUAACAUGGAGGAGGUCCCUACACUAGAAGGGAAAAAAGAAUCUGAAUUGACCACGAAGGAACGAAUCGAAAGUCUAAUAGAAAAAAAUACCGAGCUCGGAGAAGAGGACAAAGGCAAC